AAGAUACAGUGCCCGCCCCUCUCCGUGUUCCACCUUUUGAAAGAAGUGGAGAAAGCUGCCGAGAGAAGUGAGAGCGACGCCAGCUAUUGACCAAUGGGAAGAGCUGAUGGUAUGGCGUGGGAGCAAGAGUGACAACGAUUGGUCAGCCUUGCAUCUCUUCGCCUAAGGCGGGAGCUCCUGGAGGCGGAGGCAGCGGGUGGGGGCAUAGUGGAGUGAGGGGUAACAAGAUGGCGACCGAGACGGUGGAGCUCCAUAAGCUAAAGCUUGCCGAACUAAAGCAAGAAUGUCUUGCUCGUGGUUUGGAGACCAAGGGAAUAAAGCAAGAUCUUAUCCACAGACUCCAGGCAUAUCUUGAAGAACAUGCUGAAGAGGAGGCAAAUGAAGAAGAUGUACUGGGAGAUGAAACAGAGGAAGAAGAAACAAAGCCCACUGAACUCCCUGUCAAAGAGGAAGAACCCCCUGAAAAAACUGUUGAUGUGGCAGCAGAGAAGAAAGUGGUGAAAAUUACAUCUGAAAUACCACAGACUGAGAGAAUGCAGAAGAGGGCUGAACGAUUCAAUGUACCUGUGAGCUUGGAGAGUAAGAAAGCUGCUCGGGCAGCUAGGUUUGGGAUUUCUUCAGUUCCAACAAAAGGUCUGUCAUCUGAUAACAAACCUAUGGUUAACUUGGAUAAGCUGAAGGAAAGAGCUCAAAGAUUUGGUUUGAAUGUCUCUUCAAUCUCCAGAAAGUCCGAAGAUGAUGAGAAACUGAAAAAGAGGAAGGAGCGAUUUGGAAUUGUCACAAGUUCAGCUGGAACUGGAACCACAGAGGAUACAGAGGCAAAGAAGAGGAAAAGAGCAGAGCGCUUUGGGAUUGCCUGAUGAAAAGUUCCUGAUACUUUCUGUUCUCCAAUGUUUUCCAUUUCUCUCAUUCUUCUUGGUCACAUAUAUGCCUAAAUGCACAGUCAUGUGCCUACGUCCUGCCUCGCAAUGAGGGAGCAUGUACCCCAGGUACAUCUGUGAACUGCGGCAGCAGUUUGACUUAUUGCUGUUUCAGCUUUAAGGUUGUUGUGUUUUUGUUUUUGAUUAUGUUGCUUGUUAAUAAAAAAAAAAAUAGAAAAGAGAACAAUGUGUUUUAUUAGGUGCUCCUUUGAUUUAUUGGAGCCAGAUUAGACCAGAUAAGGGGAGCUUUAGGAGCAAAUAUUAUAGAGAAUUGGCCAUAACACCUUUAUCCCUUAGAAGAGAAGACAAGGAAAAGGAUUGAGUUUACCUUUUAAGCCUAUUUAUUCCCUUCUGUCAUACUCACAAGCGUUUUUUAUCCUCUGUGAAGAGGUUAAGUUACCCACCCACCAAGUCUUUGCUCCAGCAGCUUGUAGUGACCCGCUGAAAUAAAACAGAGAACAUGGGAGGUUUUAGGUGUUGCAAAGGACAUAAAUACAAGGGCAGUGAUUAGUAGCCUUCUGUUAUUAGCUAAUAAUGCAGACUUUUUCUUGGAUAAAAUGGAGUCCAGGUUCCCACAUUAAAGGAAAAGGGCCCUGAUUUCAAGGGUGAUGUGAUACGAUACUAUGUUGGUCAGUCAGUUCAGGAAGGGAGAUGGGCUGGAUAUCCCUCAGAGACAGAAGAAAUUUUGUAUGCAGAAUCAAAGCAUGACAGAGGAUGUCAGAGCUGUUACGCAUUGUUAGCUAAAUCAUUGGGAACAUAAGCAGUAGAACUGGAGGCUUCAAGUUCAUGUAGAUCUGAAAUCUGCUUAAUCUUUUUGGAUAUGUUAUUGCAGUUUCUCCUCUUAAUCUUUAUAUAAGCUUGGUUUUUGUUUGAGUUAUUUUUGGUAAUAAGACUUAGGAGCCUGGCACCUUACCUGAAAACUUUGGUACUAUGAUCAGGUCCCAUGUUGCUGUGGUAUAAUCCUUUAUCCUUAUUUCUACUAAAACCUGUCUGGUUUUGUGCUUAAUGAAAUGGUAAUAGUUUGAUCACUUUUCUAAUGUCAAGAUAUCUCUUUAUUUCUCUCAAGUCUCUGGUUGGUGAGGAAGGCAGGGACCUAAAGUUUAGAUACUUCAGAAAAAUUGUGCCUUGGAGAGCAGAUCCAAAAACUGCUGCCCAUUUGUUGUGAAGUUUGCCCCAUUCUGAGACUUGGAGAAGUGAACAAAAGGGAAUGCUGGUUAAAUUUUUGACACCUCUUCAACCAAAUAAACCUUACAAUUGGAAUGACCUUCCCUUUUUCCCUCUUUGCUGUCUGCCUCCCUUUUCUUUACCUCAGGCUCUGAUCUUGGGGCUAGCUUUUCCUCUCUCUACUCUGCCUUCAUCUGAAAACAGAAUAGAUCUGAUUUGUAACUUGAGAGAUUAUAGAUUCACUAAUGGUUUCUACCUGAAUAUGGUUUUAAAAAGAGAAAAAUACAUGAGAGAAUAGAGCAGAUGCUGAUUAUGAAGUGGAACAGUGGAUCUUUUGGAAGUUUUCUUCACUUUGUCUCUUUAUCCUCUAUAACCUUCCAGAAAGAUAUUCAGCCUUACUUGCCAGGAUUCUCUUCUUGAAGCCUAAUUAUUCUCCUCACUCAUCUUACUUCCCCUAGAUCUUUGAACAGUGUUUUCCAAUUUGUGAGGAUUUUUUUUUUUCUUAUUAACCUUUUUCAUCCCAUUUCAGCAGCUGUUCCUGUGUUGGUCAGAAGUCUCUAACCUCCAAGCCAGGUGAAGUCCUCCCCUUCCUAUCUCAUUAUAGUCAUUCCCCACAUACUCUUUGAGCAUGAAUAGUUCAGGAUGCCUUUUUCCUAAUUCAGUUUUAAAAUAGUAAUUCCAUUUGGAGAUGGAACAGACAUUGAGGCUUGUAAUUGUUUACCUGAGAUCUUAGUACCCUUCCUUCCUAUCCCCCAGUUUCCCUACUAUAGCUGAUCCAGCAUCCAUAUGUGGUUAACUGAUUCCAAUUCCUGAAGCUGUGACAUUCUCUGCAUACCUGGAAGCUCUUAAUGAGGGAGUCUAUAAAAGCUGUGGGGAGAACUAGCUUCCUCAGCUGUAAAUCUGUACUUUUUUAUGGUUCUGUAGGAUUAUUCUCUUUUUUUCCACUCUCACUCUAAACUGCCCAGCCCCCCCACCCCAUCUCUUAAGCAUUGCUGAAGAUAGAGGCUAGAAGCUUCUGUGAGCGCAGGACUUCUUGGUGUUGAGCUGAGUUCUCUUGCUGUGUCUGACCUGAGGAGUGAGGGAGAAACUUAAGGGAGGAUAACUUUUUUGCUGUUCUCUUAUAUGAGGGCCUCUGGCAAUGCCACUUAUUUCUGAUUAUUGGAAUCCCCCCAAAAUUUAACGUCCCCUUCUCUUGCCAUAUCUAGACUUUUCUUGUUUUUCCCUUCCAAAGGGAUUGAAAAUUACAGGUUUCACAUCUUUCCAGAUUCUUUGAGUCCAAGGUGUCCCGAACUUUCUUGUUAUCUCUUUCCCUUAUGUUGUUCCUGUAUUUAGGUUUCUACCUCCCGGAUCACUUUUAAUAGGACAGAUUAGAAUGUAAUAUUGUUUAGCAACUACUUAGGUUUAAUUUCUUGUUCUGCCACACUGCCUCUGAGACCCUGGGCAGAUAAUCAUUCUCUUUUCAGACUGUACCAAAAGGAACCCAUUGUGAAGGUUGCUGUGUGAAUUGAGUGAUAUUCUCAUAUCAUGUAUUCACACUACAAUUUGCUUACCAUAAUUUGCAUAGUAAUUAUUCAAUAAAUAUUAGCUUUUACUGGGUGAUCAGGGUACUGUGGAAAUACAUAUUUCUUUCCCUGAGUAGGUUCUAGCUAGGUGUGAGUGCCCUAGUUUGAACAUGUUUGUGUGUGCAUACACCCAGUUAUGCAGCUGUAUUUUGAGAAAAAGAAAAGGCAGAAAGAGUCCCAUUCACUCCCUUAACCCCAGCUCACUGGCAGGAAAGCUGGACAUUGUUGCUUUGGAGCAUUGACUUUCCUGCUUCUACCCCACUACAGACCAGAAGCUGUAAAUGCCACUGCCUGCUGAUUCUUAGCUUGGGGCCCCUGCCAUUUAAAAUAUAGGCAAGGUCAGAGUAUAGCAUAGCUUCUCAUGCCUUCGGUUGGAGGAUGUUUUAGGAUAAAGAAGAAAAGACUUGUAAAAAGUCAUCUUGAGUAGUCUUUUUUUGGGUGUUCUCUCAAUAUAGGAAACAAAUGAGCCACAGGGAGAGAAAACCCAUUUUCAGCUCAGGCCAAAGUUAGGGGUAGAUGUGGGUAUGGUUCCCUUGGGAAGAUAGAAUACAUAACACUUCUGCUACUCAACCAGUUCCAGCCUCCGUCUUGUAGUUGGUCUUGGGUGGGGUCAAUGUGCUGAUAGAACUGAUAAGACAGGGAAAACAUGGCAGUACACUGAACCCGCAGUAGCGCUGUCCCCAAUUCUGGAUCAGGUUGAUAUCACAGGAGCUUUCCUUAUUUUUAUUUUAAUUUUUUUUAGAGACAGUGUCUUACUGUGUUGCUCAGCUUGGAGUACAGUGGCUAUUUACAGGCCCAAUCAUAGCACACUGCAGCCUUGACCCUCUGGCCUCAAAUGGUCCUCCUGCUGCAGCUUCCUGAAUAGCUGAAACUACAGGAGCACACCACUGGGUCCUGCUUUCCUUUUUUUUUUUUGUUUUUUUGAGAUGGAGUCUCACUCUGUCACCAUACUAGAGUGCAGUGGCGUGAUCUCAGCUCACUGCAACCUCCGCCACCUGGGUUCAAGCGAUUCUUCUGCCUCAGCCUCCCAUGUAGCUGGGAUUACAGGUGCAUGCCACCACGCCUGGCUAAUUUUGGGUAUUUUAGUAGAGACGAGGUUUCACAAUGUUGGCCAGCAUGGUCUUGAACUCCAGACCUCGCAUGAUCCACCUGCCUCGGCCUCCCAAAGUGCUGGGAUUACAGAUGUAAGCCACCGUGCCCAGCCAGCUUUGCUUAUUUUUUAAAAAUGUGAGUCAGGCAAUAUUCUUUCGCCAUUCCCAACUCAUAUUCCCGGGGAAUUGUGCUCUAGGUACAUGGGAAAAAUUUUUACAGUGAACUGAAAGAAUAUUUGAGAUGCUAUUUUAGCCACUCUUGUGUAACAAGGCAAGUUGGAUGGCUAUGUUGGUUUAGAUUUUUGCCAAACUUCAUUGAGGAAACCUAGGAACAUGGACUGCAGAAUAGGACACUAGCUGGAUCAUCUCAAGAGAACCUUUAGAUCUUCCAUUCUGUGGAGGCUGGGAGAGGGGUUUUGUUGUCUUUGGGACUGUUUUGGCUCAAGCUUUUCAGAGAGGGGUUGUUCUAGGUGCCCCGUUUCCUGUCCUCUUCCCAUCCUUCCUUGGCCUGCAUGUCCCAAACCUCAUACCACCAUGCCCUUAGUGUUUUCUGUCUUGCUCCAGGACCCCAUCUUCUUAGUCAUUGAAUGCGAGGUUUCCUGUCUCAGAUCCUCUUCGCCUCCGGUUCUCCAAGGUGUAAAUGUGGCACUUGAUUAGGGAGAAGAGCUCAGCACUGAAUUCUAAACUCUUUGACCGCUUUUAUUUUUUUUUUCAGGUUCAAGUGCUGGAUUGUGUCAUGUGACCAUCCCAAAACUCAGAGCACCCUAUGGCCAUCUUUGCCCUCUGUCACAUAACUUGAAAACUGCCUGAUGGCCUUUUUGCAGUGGUUCCCUCCAGGAAGCCUUGAUCUCAGUUGAAGAAGUUCUUUCCCAGCAUUCCAGUGCCCCUGUCAGCUCCAUACUCCUCAGACACCCUUAACAAAGGCUGUCAUGCACACAAUGUAACAAAUACACAAAAUAAAUGAUAAUUACACUAAUAAUGAUAUGUUCAGAGGGGCACUGGCCAGGUCCACACACAUCAUAAGGUGGGAGGGGGUGCUAACUCCCAUUGGGUUGCUGAGCUGUGCCCCCCAAGUCCCUUUACUCUGUGCCUCUUUGGGGGUAGGGAGGAACAGGGGAAUGAGACUUCAGCUCACAGAUUUAUGUUCAUAAGAGAAAGACCCCUGCCUCCCCCCUCCACCCACCACAUACACACAAAGGUCUUUAUUUGGUGGUAUUUAAGGGGCUGUAUUGUAAGUGUCCCCCAUAUUUAAUGCCCCAGCUCUCUAGAAUCUGUAGAGGGAAGAUACCUGAUGCUUAUUGCCCAAUCCCUACUCUGCCAAGAUCAAGAGUCAUUUGACCUUGGACGGAGAUAUCAUCUGUUCUUCACUUCUCUGUUCCUUUCCUUCCACCAAGGAAAUGUGAGUGGUGUUGAUGGCCGGGUGUGUCUUGUCCUCCAGGAUUGGGGCAGAAGGAAGGAUGAAGAACAGGGCCAGAGAGGCUUGGGGGUAGCAUAGCUGCUAUAUGGGUGAAGGCAGGCUGAAGAGCCUAACAGCCCUGCCCAUUCCUCUACUGAAAGACCUUGUUUCACUUUCUCACUAUAAGAAUGGGAAUAAGAUGUUAAAGCUCACCAACAUCACCUUCUCAAGGGUUGUCACAUACCUUUGCCCCUUCCACCAACUGGCCAAGGGGGAGAGCCAUGCUCUUGGGAAGAAUGAGCCAUCCAGUUUUGCUCACCAGCUUGGGCUUUACUUCAGUUCAGUACUGUUUUUAUCAGACCCGUAACUGCUGGCUCUACUUAGAGUGACAGUUUUGCUGAAGGUUCUUAUCCCCAGCUCUCCUGACAUCCUCUAAGCUCUUGCCUGGAGCCAAGAGGCCUGGUGGUGAAGUAAGGAUAGGGUGUGGAUCAGGAGAUUCUCAACUCCUUGGCUUCUAGGCACUGUCCAGCUGGGAGGCAGAGGGGAACUUGUACUCUGAAGCCUGUGACUUCUCUUAAGCCUCACAUCUCUUCACCACUACUCUGGUGCCCUGGUUAUCUGUCCCACAGCGAGAGGUAUUUUAUGUCCAUAAAGUGCCCGUGGUAAGUGCUCAGAAUUCAUCUCUUGGCUGUGGCGGGUGCUGUCAUUUCUCAUUCCAUUGAGGGGAAGAAACUGAGGCACAGUGAGUCCAGAGGAGAAUGGGUCAGGGUUGUGGGAGGAAUGAAUGGGCCUAGCUAGUGACUUGUAAUGGCAGCCAGUCUCUGCCUGCUUCCUAGCCUUCCAAACCCGGGAGUCUCCAUCCUUCCCAUCCUCUGUUCUAACUGGCCUUGUCAGAUGCUUUUCCCCACUACUUUCCCCCUCCCUGCUGCCAGGUACUGUUAGAUUCCAAAAAUAAAAGGAAAAAAUAAUUAUACACUCUGCUUCCUUGUUCUCCCCUCUUCCACCCUGAGCUUUGGGGUUAGGGGACUAAAAUGUCCCCCUUCCAGAAUCCCUCCCACCUUGGUCUGCUGGCUCUAUUCCCUAGCCCAGAGCAGUGAUUUGGAUUCAAAUGCCCUGUAACCUUCAGCCUCCUUACUGCUCCUUUCUUGACCUCUCCUAACGCUUUGCAGACCCAGGGGACUCUGGGGUCUCUAUACUCUUUCUAAUUGACCUGAAGAUAGAGGCUGGGAGCAGGGCCAUUCCAGAGGCUCUUUGGUCUCUCUCUUGGCUGAGGGAAUUUGGGCAUAAGCAGGCUGCACCCUCUGGCUAAAUAACUCAGUAUCAUGAGGGUGGACCUGAGGGUUUAAAGUAGCUCUCAUUAUAUAGAUCCUGGAUGUUGAGGGUUCUCUCUCCCACCCCCCCAUCCCCAGCUCUUAAACCCUAACCUCUUACUAUUUCCAUGACAACUGGCUUCAAUUCAAGCCAUUUGGCUCAGAGAAGGUUGAGUUAGGGUGAUGAUGGGUUAGAAACUAAACUUCAUGUGUCCGCCCUCUUGCCCUUUACUCCCAUUCCCAACCCUGGAGGCUUUAUACAAGUGCUUAAGUGAGUAGGUGUUGGGGAGAGCAGGGUUUGGGGAAUAAGGGAUAAACGGGGCACACUGGGCAGGGGCCCUCCUAUUCCAGUAAAGCCAAAUACCAAAAAAAAUGAAAAGUCACAAUAAAUAAAUAAAUAAAAA